AUGACCACCGCGUCGCCCACCGCGUCGACGCACCAAGCGUCCAAGCCCGAGCACUCGCAGCUCGCCAAGAUCGCAUUCUGCGUCGUGAGCGUCGUCGGCUCCCUCAUAGCGUACGGCAUCUUACAAGAGCGGAUCAUGACGCGACCGUACGGAGACGGUGCGGAGAAAGAGUUCUUCAAGUACUCCGUCUUCCUCGUCCUGAGCAAUCGAGUGCUGAGCGCGUCGUUGGCGGCGUUCAUACUGGCGCGAAUAGGGGGAGCCGUGCGACCGGUGGCGCCGUUGGUGAAGUACGCGGGCGUGAGCGCGUCGAACGUGUUGGCGACGACGUGUCAAUACGAAGCUCUGAGAUACGUGAGCUUCCCAGUGCAAACCUUGGGGAAGUGCGCGAAGAUGAUACCGGUGAUGAUUUGGGGGUACUUUAUUAAUCAGCGACGGUACGGGGCGAGCGAUUUUUUGGUGGCUUUGAGCGUCACCGCCGGGUGCACGAUGUUCGCGCUGUACGGAGAUUUGACGCAUCGACACGCGGCGUCGAACAAGAACAGCAGCGCCAAGGGAUUGAUGUUGAUGCUGGGCUACCUCGGCUUCGACGGGUUCACGAGCACGUUUCAGGACAAACUGUUCAAGGGGUACCAGAUGGAGACGUAUAAUCAGAUGUUGUACGUCAACGGGUGCAGCGCGUGUCUCUCCUUCGUCUGGCUCGUCUCCGACGGCACCAUGUGGACCGCGCUCGAUUUCAUCACCAGGCAUCCAGCGGUGACGACGGACAUCUUAACAUUAUCCCUCAGCUCCAUGCUCGGCCAGCUCGCGAUUCUGUACACCAUCAAGGAGUUCGGCGCGUUGACGUACGCCACCAUCAUGACGACGCGUCAGCUCCUCUCCAUCAUCCUCUCCUGCAUCGUCUUCAUGCAUCCACUGACGUUGGGACAGUGGGCCGGCACCGCCCUCGUCUUCGGCGCGCUGUACGCGAAGAAUGCCUCCGCGUUCGCGCGAUAG